UACCUCUGUGGAUGUUGGGACUCAGUGUGGAGCAGCUUCGAGCUGACAUGAACCGUUUGCUCGCCAUUCUUUUCCACCAAGGAGUGUUGGACGAGCAGUUCUUGCAGCUCCAGCAGCUUCAAGAUGAAUCUUCCCCCAACUUUGUGUCUGAAGUUGUCACCAUUUACUUCCACGAGUCCGAGAAGCUCCUUCGCAAUCUCAGAGCUUUGCUAGUGGAUAAGGAGGUAUCCGACUACAAGAAGAUGGGAAUCCAUUUAAAUCAAUUGAUGGGAAGCAGCUCCAGCAUCGGCGCUCAAAGGCUCCGUAAUGUCUGCAUCGCCUUUCGGGCCGCUUCCGAGCUCAACAACCGCCCCGGAUGCUUGAGGGCUUUGGAGCUGUUAGAAUAUGAAUAUUGUUACCUCAAAAACAAGCUGCAUGAAUUCUUUCAGAAGCCUGAGUAG